AUGCCUUGCAACAUUUGCUUGAACGAGUACAAGGAGACUGAUCCUCCCACCGAUCAGCCUGUAGCUCUCAAAUGCGGUGAGCAAGUCGGGCGGGUCUCUUUCGCAAGCCUUCGUUAUGUCGUACUGAAAAUGGCGUCGAUCAAUGUGCAUACCUCUCUUGCAAACAGGUCACAUCUUCCACCGAGCAUGCAUAGAGCAAUGGUGCGCCUUGCCCAGUGGCAGCGGACAAGGUGGUCGAAAGCAGUGCUGCGCGUGCAAGUCCCUUUUCCAUCCAUCAGAGAUGGUUACGCUCUACGUGGACAGGGUGGAAGAUCUGGCGCCAUACCUAGCGCGUCGCAAUACGCUGCGCACGAUCAGAGCUGAAGCUCGCUUCAAGCGACAAAAGGGCAUGCUUCCGACUGCAGAUGAAGUUGUUUCGCUGGAUGACGAGGCUGCGCCGGUGCUGGAAUGCGUUAUGGACGAGGAGGAGCAGGACGAGCUGCUGGGAUGCCUGAUUGAUUGGAAAGACGCUUGCACGAGCUACCUCAUGGCCAUCAAUGAAGUUCGAAUCACCCGGGCCAACAACGAGAGCAUGCUCAUGGCCAAGCUGAUCAAAGAUGCGGGUGCUAGCGAGGAAGCUCAACGUGAUUUGAAGGUCAGUUUCUGAGGUCAGCUAAUGUGUUCUGAUUGCAUGCUGACCGUACCUGAUCUCGGACGCGCUCACAAUAGCGCGGCCUACAAUCCCUCAAUCAGGUCGCCGCCAUGUUCAAUUCCAAAUUGACAUUAGUGCACGAGUCGCAAGCGCACUAUGAGGAGGAACGGUCUCGAUUGUCGACGAUGUUAGAAAACCUUGAUCGUCAAGCGCUGGAGAUCAAGAAGCGUCGGACAGAAGUCGAGAGGCAAGAAUCAGGGCUUAAAACCAAAAGUGCAGCCAUCAAGGAAUCAGCGCGGAGUCACAAAGCAGAUUUGGAGCAGGAAGAGAAGAGGCUCACCAAGAAAAGAGAAGAGCUCGUGUUUGAGGAAGCCGCAAUCCGAAAACAAGCGGCGGAUGUUCAGAUGAUGAAAAUAAAUGCUAUGCAGGAGAUUGCGGUUCACAAGGCGAAGGCGGACCACGAGGUGGGAGAGAUGAGAAAGGCGACGUCAUGUAUGCAAGACGAAGUCGCCGAGGUCAAGGCAGAGAUGCAGAGGGCUGAGCAAGAGAGGAAUGCAACGAGAGCAAAGAGCGAAUACAUUGCGGGCAGCAUUGCGUCUUUCAAGACUGCCGCGGCCAAGGCCAAAAAGCAGAGGGAAGAAGAUAGGGUAAAGUACGAGCAGAGAAUACAGAACCUCGAAAGCACCGUCAAGAAGCUCAAAGCUGAGGUUCGAGCUGCUCAUCAUCGAGCUGAGCAUGGAGGCACCCCGAGCAACCGUUCGUGCACAUGUCAGCAAAAAAGCAGUCCCAUCUCAACUUUCAAAGGCCCUACGCGAGCAAGCGAAGAAGGGUCGCAGCGCUCAAGUGAUGCAGAAAUUUCCUAUCCCGCAACUCGUGCCAUCCUAUCGGAAAUGGGGUCCAGCCUCAAUGGUCGCUCUGUACCUCGACCUUCACACUCUUUUGAUCAGUCCACUUCCCUAUCUUUGGAAGUUGUACCUGAAGACAUCACAGCCGAGCUGUCAGAUGAGGACUACCACUUCUUUGGGCUGGGCAAAAGGUCUCGCCCAGAGCCUGUCAAGAAGAGAACGGCAGAUACGGCAGUAGGUCCACCCGCCAUCUCUUCGAAGCGACCUUCCCUGGUGUUGCAAUCGACGAUCGCGGUCUCAGAAGGCGCUGAUGCUCUAGCACCGCGAUCAACCAAGGACGGCAAAACCAGAGCGAGAAGCGGGCCAAACGUGCUGAAGAGGAUGGCAGCCCUAAACGAGGAUGACGACGGUUUUCUGCCCGAAUCCAAGGGGUCGACUUUGACGUCCGAAGGUAGCCCUCACCCGUCCUCGCUGAAACCGAAGAGCGAAGCUGCCCUCAAGAGGUCGGGGCUUGACCCUCAGCAUGUCAAGAGUCCAAAUGGUCGAUCCCAGUCUGAUUUCUUUAGUCCGCGCUCGACGACCGUCAGCGCCUGGGCCACGUUUGGCAAAGAUGACGACCUUGCGCUCAGAGCUAUACGUGGCGGAAAAGCUGUUAGCGGGCCUCGUAAUAAGAGCAAACUUCGUUGA